CCUCCAUUUUGGGUCUGUGCUUCUGUAGUUAGCUGCACAUAUUAGCUGGCGAAACGCGUCGUGACUUUGUUCGGGGUGUUUUUUCCCGCUUUGAUAUCCAAGUGUAGUUGUGUCCGUGUUCAGGUGUGAACCUGAAUCCGCAUUAGUCUGACAAAUGGACGGAGAAGACGACGACUUCAUGUCCGGAAGCCACUCUGAUGAUGGUGGCGGCACUCCUGUUCAGGAUGAACACCCAGCAUCGGAUGGUGAGGACAUGAGGAGUGAUGGACACCAAUCUGAGGAUGAGGGCAGCAAUGAUGAGGACCCCGCCCACGCCAUGGAGACCAGCAGGGCAGCCAGUGGCUCUGAAAACGAGAACCACGGUGGAGCCGACAGCGACUCAGAGGUCGAGGCCCCCCAGGGCAAAGGUGGUGUGGACGAAAAGAGUGACUCUGAAGAGGAGGCUACUCGCCCGGGUGACAGCGACGAAGAUGACACCCCGGUCAAACGCAGGAUAACCGAUUCAGACAAUGAGGACGCGUCUCCAGUCAAACACAGAGGUUCAGAUAAUGAGGAGGGGGAAGGGUCAUCUCCUGUUGCAAAACGCAGAGGGAGCAGUUCGGACAUGGAGGAUGGGGAGGACCGACCCAGAGCAGCUGCAGACAGUGACUCGGACAAUGAGGAUGCUAAACCUGCUAAACCAAAUGCUGAUAGUGACUCGGACAAUGAGGAUGCUAAACCUGCUAAACCAAAUGCUGAUAGUGACUCGGACAAUGAGGAUGCUAAACCUGCUAAACCAAAUGCUGAUAGUGACUCCGACACAGAGAUGCCAGCCAGACGCAAGGCAGCACAGAUAGACUCUGAUGAGGAGGGGGAGGGAGACGGGGCAAAACAGCAGGAAGACACAGAGGAAGCAACAGGAGGAGGAAAGUGGAAAGCUGUGAUGCAGUCCGACAGUGAGAACGAGGAUGAGGAGGGAGGAAGGAAGAAGGUAGCAGCAGGAAGUGAUGACGAACAACAAGAGGAGAAGAAGAGGGAACCUGCAGAUGACAGCAACGAUGAGAAGCCAGUGAAGAGAAAGAAAGCCAUUUUGUCCGACAGUGAGGAUGAGGAGGAGAAGGCAGAAACACCAGCGAAGAGGAGUCGGGCGGUGUCGGAUGAUGAUGAGAAUUCAGACAGUGAUGAUGGAGGUCCAGAUAAGAGUCUAAAGGCCAAACUGAGAGAGCUCGGCUCUGACAGUGGCAGCGAGGAUGAGAGCUCGAAGGCGACAGCAGAGAAGAAGGAUGAGAAAGCGCUGUUUGGCAGCGACAGUGACUCUGGAGACGAGGAGGAGAAAAUGAUUGCAGACAUCUUUGGAGAGUCUGGGGACGAGGAGGAGGAAGAGUUCACAGGUUUCAACCAGGAGGAUCUGGAUGGAGACAAGGUCCAGGCGAAGGAGAAGAAGCAGCAGCUGCAGGAAGAGUCUGACUCUGAUGAAGGAGUUGACCGCAGUGGACAAGACACAAGCUUCAUGUCUGACUUCGACAUCAUGCUCGCUCGGAGGAAAGCCAUGAAUAGCAAGAAAAGAAGACACCGCGACGGAGGGACGUUCAUCAGCGACGCUGAUGAUGUGGUCAGCGCCAUGAUCACAAAGAUGAAUGAGGCUGCAGAGGAGGAUCGAACUCUGAACAGUCAGAAGAAACCAGCCCUGAAAAAACUCACCCUGCUACCUCAGGUCGUCAUGCACUUGAAGAAACAGGACUUGAAGGACACGUUCAUUGACAGCGGAGUGAUGUCAGCUAUCAAAGAGUGGAUCAGUCCUCUUCCAGAUAAGUCUCUGCCUGCUCUCAGGAUCAGGGAGGAGCUGCUGAAGAUCCUGCAGGAGCUGCCCAGCGUGAGUCAGGAGACGCUGAAGCACAGCGGCAUUGGCCGAUCCGUCAUGUUCCUCUACAAACAUCCCAAAGAGUCUCGAUCCAACAAAGACCUCGCGCUCAAGCUCAUCAAUGAAUGGUCGCGGCCAAUCUUUGGUUUGACAUCCAACUACAAAGGAAUGACGAGAGAAGAGCGACAGCAGAGAGACCUGGACCAGCAGAUGCCUCAGAGACGAAGACUCAGUUCAGGGGGACAGACACCUCGGAGGGACCUAGAGAAGCAGCUAACUGGAGAGGAAAAAGCUUUGCGACCUGGUGACCCCGGGUUCUGUGCCCGGGCUCGAGUUCCCAUGCCCUCUAACAAAGACUAUGUAGUACGACCCAAGUGGAACGUGGAAGGAGACUCCAGCAGGGGUCCGAUGAAGAAGGGAAUGUCCCGGGUUGAUAAACAGAUGCGUAGAAUUGCUGAUAUUCGCCGUCUGACGAAGCCAGGUCAUGCUGUUAAAAUCAGUGUUGAAGGCAACCGGAUGCCAUUGUGAUUUUUAAACGCCAUAGGAUUUAUUUACUUUUUUUUUUUCUUAUUAAUGUUUUGUUUCAUGAACAAUACCAUUAUUGUCCUCUCCUUUCCCUCCGUCCUCCCUGCUGAGGUCCAGCCUCGCCCUACUGCUGACUGAAGGUUUAAGGUCACCAGCUGAUGUCACAGACUUGACUGUGUCUGGCCAGAAAAUAUUAAAUACCAUCCAGAAUGAUCCUUGGAAUGAGAGAUUACUGCCUUUUAUGUGAGCAAUCACAGCUGCCUAUGUUAGUAUGGAAGUCCGUAACGCUGACAUUUGAGCUAGAACUAAACUCAAUAUGUUCAUAAUGGUUGAUAAUGUUAGCAGUCUGCUAUAGUACCUUUAUUUUCUCAGCCAAUCAUGUUACUAGAAACAUUAGCUAAUGUUAGCAUGCAGCUACAUUAGCUUUAGGUCUAUUAUCUUAAAGUGAACUCCUGUCGCCCCCAUGAGGAAUUCAGAUUAACUAAGUUAAGAGUGCUUCAUGGAGCUUUCAGUCAUAUUUACUAUUUGCAGCACUGUGUUGCUGUUGCUUUGUCUCAAUCACAACAUGAUGUAAAUGUAUCGUAUCCUGUGCAAAGAGCAAAGAAUAUCACCAGUCGGCAUGAGAACAAAACACCACUUUACUGAGGAAUCGAGUCACAGAAGAGCUGACAUGCUUGAUCACCGUUCUGUGAUCAAGCGAUGUGUUCCGCUCUGCACUUUUCACAACUGUUAACACUGUGUUAGAGGUUAGCAGUGAGCUAUCCAUCCAUCUUCUACCACUAGUCCAUCACAGGGCCACAUAGAGACAAACAACCAUGCACUCUCACAGUCAGUGGUCAAUUUAGAGUGUCCAGUUUGCUUAAUUGAACAAUCUACAUCUUUUUGGACUGGGAGGAAACUGGAGAACUGGGAGAAAACCCACAAGAACAUGCAAACUCCAUGUGACCGGGUCAUAAACCCAGGUUGUCUUGCUGCAAAGGCAAGAGGGCUAACCGCUUCACUGCAAUGAGCCAUUUUUAUCUUUAACGUCAUUGGCUACUGUUGGCAGCCAACUGCACAUGCUUUAUUUAUUGUAAAUAAAUGGUAGCAUUGAAUUUGAUUCUCUAAUGAACCAAGUUGGCAAUAUAAGUUAAAACUGUUAAAACUAGCUUAUGUUAGCAUUCACUGGUAUUAUUUUCUUAAUCAAUUAAUUAUGCAUUUGUUCAUAAAAAGAGUCAGAUUAGAUCACAAUACACUCACACCAGGGGAAGUCACUUGAUUAAGCAGUAAAGAGGUCAGAGGAAGACAAACAAAAAAUACACCAAAAAGCUAUGUUAGCUCUUUCUGCCAACCGCGAGUCCUACAAUACAUCUGUCUACUAUAGACUCGUUUAUACGUUUUCUUAAAAUGAAUAAGCCAUGUCUCUGUGAUACAGUAAAAAUAAAAACUGUAACAUUCUAAAUUAAUGUAAAUUUAAUCUACAAAUCUCACUCAAAGGGCACAUUUUCCCCUUGCUUUAAGAAAAUAAAAAUGUGUGUAAUAAAAAUCCUCCCAAAAUGAGGGUUUUAAAUUUAAUAAGUUGAUUCAAGUAAAACUAAAGCAGCUAAAAAAAGAGUGAGUAAUGUGGUGCCGGUGGUUUGGAGAUAAACCUGUAGCUUAUCCAAGGAUCAUUUUGGAGAUAUUGAGUUUUUUUGACCUUAGAAGCCUGAACUUCAACUUUUCUGGACUCAAGAACCAAAUGUUCUUUCCCACCUCUUAUUUCUUUCUAAAUGUGAAGGUGUUUGUAUAUAGGCCAAUGUGUCUCCCCCUCUCUGCCACCUUAGCAGCUGUACAGACGCGUGAAAAUUGUGUGCACACACAUGAGAUAACAUGAGGUUCAGGUCUGUCUGCACUGUUCUGUAUCAGGUAAUACUUUUCUUAAUAAAGACUCCACACAAAC